GAGUCAUCGAUCGAAUUCACAUUAUUCCUUAUAGAGUAUGAAAUGAAAAUGGGCAAGCAUUAUAAUAAAUGUGGUGGACUAGUUUCCUUUCGAAAAGCCAAAGCCAAGCAAAUAGUUGAGGAGGCGAACAGAAUCUCUGAUAUAAAAAAUGAACUGAAUGUGUCCUUUGAACCGCCUGAUAAUCUGAAUGUGAUGAGUGAUGGAAUUCUUAGUCUUGAGUGUAUACGAGCUUCUAAAGCGGAUGAUUCGGUUAUCGAUGAAUUGAUGAGUCUACUUCAACAAAAUAUGCAAGAUAUGUACACAGCGUCUUCAUGGGGUUGGAAUGCUGAGAUGAAAAGAGGUGAAGCCUUCUCUUCGAAAUCUUGGCUGAUUAUAUGUCGUUGUAGAAAUGUGUCUGGUACACCUGAGUGUUGUUCAACAGUUGGUUUUGUCAGCUUUCGAUUUGAACGUGAAGAAGAACAUCCAGUUUUAUACUGUUAUGAGAUUCAGUUGUAUCGUCAAUUUCAACAUUUACAUGUGGGAACAUUUUUGAUGGAGAUUUUGUCGUCGAUUGCACUGGCGGCCAAUAUGCAUCGUGUUGUAUUGACUGUAUUCAAAUCGAAUGUGAAUGCUGUUAAAUUUUUUCGGAAACUUGGAUUUAAAACUGAUGAAACGGAUCCUUCGAUGUAUGAGGGUGUUGGUGCUGUUGAUUAUCUGAUUUUGUCCAAAUUGACUGGUAAUCAGUAGAGAGAGUUGUAAUGUCUGUUUGGUUGAGUUAAUAUUCUGAAUGCCUAUUUCUGUGUGCAGAAGACAAUAUGAACUAGAAGAUGCAUUUAUCUAUGUGUAUAUAUUUUGAAGAGGAGAUUGUAUACAAGUAUAAAUUAUUGUUUCAA